AUGCAUUUUGGUCCGUGCACGCAUAUAAAGUUCCGGUCAUUGUAUACAUCAAUCAAUGUCGCACUAUGGGGCAUUGUAUUGACGCUACAUGCCGUCGUUUCCAGCUAUGGUGGCCUCCUGACCGUUCGAUUCUUCCUGGGUGUAUUUGAAGCUACAGUCACCCCAGCCUUUGUCAUUGUCACCUCAAUGUGGUACAAGCAGAAUGAGCAAGGCCGUCGCGUUGGUUACUGGUUAGCCUGCAACGGUAUCACGCUCAUAAUCAUGGCGGCUGUUGGCUAUGGACUGUCUGGCGUUACCAAUGCUGCUAUUGCCUCGUGGAAAAUUCUCUUCCUGAUCCUGGGCCUCAUGACUACUGUCACUGGUGGUUUCUGUUUCUGGUUCAUGCCCGACAAUGUCUUGAACGCACGCUUCUUGAACGACAAGGAAAGAUCUAUUGCCGUUGAGCGCAUUCGAGGAAACUUCCAGGGUAUGGGUAAUCGCACCUGGAAAUGGAAUCAGUUUUUCGAGGCGUUCAGAGACCCCCGUACCUACCUUUAUGUCCUUUUCUCGGCACUCAUGAACAUCCCCAACGGUGGCAUCACGACCUUUGGCUCCCUCACCAUUGCAUCGUUUGGCUUCGGUUCUCGCAUGGCGUUGCUCCUGGGCGCUCCGUCCGGUAUUUUCGAUAUGGGAGGCAAACUGCUCUUCACUUGGCUUUCCGACAAGUACAAGGACAGGUCACUCUUCUCGUUUAUCGCCAUUCUCUUUCCCAUGUUGGGCGGCAUUCUGAUGAUUACGCUCCCUCAAGAUGCAAAGGCUGGCUUGCUCGUCGGAUACUACUUGAUCAGCGUCUCCGGUGCCUCCUGGGGGCUUGUCAUGGUAAUGAUCUCCAACAACACUCUCGGAUAUACCAAAAAGGCCACCGUGAACGGGCUGCAAAUCCUCGCAUACGGUGCCGGCAAUUGGAUCGGGCCCCAGACCUUCCGGUCUAACGAGGCUCCGGAAUAUCAUAGCGGAAAGCUGAUGGUGGCAAUCAUGUAUGGCGCUGCGGCGUGUGUGCUCAUUGUCAUCCGUUUCAUCAACAUUCGAGAGAACAAACGUAGAGAUCGGGUCCAGGAAGAGUCUGGCACAGCCCAAGUCACUGAGGAAAUUGAGAGAGCCAAGUUUAUGGGUCUCACUGAUUUUGAGCAACCUCACUUCCGCUACGUUCUUUGA